UUUGUGGAGCGGCGGGAAAGGCGGCGGCGGCGGCGGCGGCGGCGGCGAACGGACGGGACCGGGAAAGGAAAUCGGGACCGAGCGGAGCGGCGCUCAGCAGCAGCGAGAAUGGCGCCCCGUGACUAUGAGGCGGAGAAAGAGAAGGCGAAGCGCUUCCUGCUGGAUUUCUGCCGCCCCGGGGCCAACGGCAAGGAGUUCCCGUACCGAGAGCAGCUGGCCCUGCUGGCUCACCGGGAGCUGCGCGCCCUCUGGGUUUCCCUAUCGGACGUGGCGGAGGAGGACCCGGCGCUGGCGGAGGCGGUGGUGGAAAACGUGCGGCGCUACCAGCAGCUGUUCAGCAGCGCCGUGCAGGAGCUGCUGCCCGGCUUCCAGCGCGGACCGCUGUCUCACCGGGACGCCCUGGACGUCUUCAUUGAGCACCGCCUGCUGCUGGAGCAGCGCGGCCGUGAGGGGGGGUCCGCCCGCCCCCCCCACCAGAUGUACCCCCCCGAGUUGCUGCGCCGCUUUGAGCUGUACUUCACCCCCCCGACCACGCUGAAGCCCCUCCCCAUCCGCGCCGUGGGUGCCGGCUCCAUCGGCCGCCUGCUGUCGGUGCGCGGCGUCGUGAGCCGCGUCAGCGCCGUCAAACCGCGCAUGGAGGUGGCGACGUACAGCUGCGACCGCUGCGGGGCAGAGACCUUCCAGCCUAUCCAGGCGCCCACCUUCACCCCGUUGCUGCUCUGCCCCAGCCGCGACUGCGCCACCAACCGGGCUGGAGGCCGCCUGCAGCUGCAGAGCCGGGGCUCCAAGUUCAUCAAGUUCCAGGAGCUGCGGCUGCAGGAACACUCGGACCAGGUUCCCGUUGGCCGCGCUGCCGCGCUGCCUGCCGGGUUCUGCUGGGGGGAGAACAGCCGCCUGGUGCAGCCUGGGGACCACGUGGCCAUCAGUGGUGCCUUCCUGCCGGCGCUCAGCAGCGGCUUCCGGCAGCUCACGCAGGGUCUCCUUUCUGAGACCUUCCUGGAGGCUCACCACGUGCUCAAGAUGUCCAAGAGCGAGGAGGACGCUGGUGAUGAAGAGCUGACGCCAGAGGAGCUGCAGAAGAUCACAGAGGAGGAUUUCUAUGAGAAGCUGGCGGGCUCCAUCGCCCCCGAGAUUUAUGGGCACGAGGACGUGAAGAAGGCGCUGCUGCUGCAGCUGGUGGGGGGCGUGGAGCGCAGCCCCCAUGGGAUGAGGAUCCGGGGUAACAUCAACAUCUGCCUGAUGGGGGACCCUGGAGUGGCCAAAUCCCAACUGCUGACCUACAUCGACCGCCCUGGCGCCCGCGCAGUGAGCCAAUACACCACGGGCCGCGGCUCCUCCGGCGUGGGGCUGACGGCGGCGGUGCUGCGGGACCCGGUGAGCGGGGAGCUGGCGCUGGAGGGCGGCGCGUUGGUGCUGGCGGACGCGGGCAUCUGCUGCAUCGACGAGUUCGACAAGAUGGCCGAGGCCGACCGCACGGCCAUCCACGAGGUGCUGGAGCAGCAGAGCGUCUCCAUCGCCAAGGCCGGCGUCCUGGCCACCCUCAACGCCCGCUGCGCCGUCCUGGCCGCCGCCAACCCGGCCUACGGGCGCUACGAUGCGCGGCGCAGCCUGGAGCACAACCUGAGGCUGCCGGCGGCGCUGCUCUCCAGGUUUGAUCUGCUGUGGGUGCUGCAGGACCGGCCCGACAGGGAGAGAGACCUGCGCCUGGCCCAGCACGUCACCUAUGUGCACCAGCACAGCCGCCAGCCGCCCUGCGCCUUCCAGCAGCUCGACAUGAAGCUCAUCAGGCGCUACAUUUCCACCUGCAAGCAGAAGCAGCCCGUGGUGCCGCCGGCGCUCUGCGAUUACAUCACGGCCGCCUACGUGGAGAUGGCGAGGAGGCGGCAGGCGGCGGCCGAUGGCACGGCCUUCACCUCGGCCAGGACCCUGCUGGCGCUGCUGCGCAUGGCCACGGCCCUGGCGCGGCUGCGGUUGGUGGACGUGGUGGAGAAGGAGGACGUGAACGAGGCCAUGAGGCUGAUGGAGGCGUCCCGGGAUUCCCCUGCAGGGCCACAAGGGGCAGCAGAGCCGGUGACCCCCCCCCGCCCGUCGGACGCCAUCUUUGCUGCCCUUCGGGAGCUCUCGGGCCCCUCGGGCCGUUCUGUGAGCGCAGCCGAGGGCCUGCAGCGCUGUGUGGCCAAAGGCUUCACCCCGCUGCAGUUCCAGGCGGCGCUGCAGGAAUACGAGCAGCUCAACGUCCUGCAGCUCAACGCCGCCGCCUGCCGCAUCACCUUCGUCUGA